AGCAACAAGAUUGAUACAGAGAGACUAAUGUCAAUGGCAGGGACUGGGACAAGGUAACAAUGUUACUCUUCCAGGAUGCAAAGAGUUCUCUGAUAUUAAUAUGAAUUUAAACUGACCGUUUACCAAAAAGGUUAAAGGAAAGCAUGGACCCCCCUCCACGAUUGUCCAAAGCUCCUGUCCUCCCUCCAAUCACUAGUGCCAGGGAUAAAGCCUUCCUGGACAGCACUCAACGCUUUAUUAAGAAAGAAAUUGAAAAACUGUCAGCCGCAGGUCAAUGUGAUGCUGAACAACAAUACAUCAUCUACGGGCAUGUAUUCGAUAAGGUGAUAGAGUAUUGCAGAGAGUAUAAACAGGUUUUCACUGCGAUCAAACAGGAGUAUGAUGAAUUUAUUGAUGCUAUCAAGCAGGGCCAAAGAGAUGCAACUCACCUUCAUGGAAAGCUAAAAACCUUGGCUUCCGAGCCAACAACAUUGAUGUAUUACAGGAAAAGAGCAGCAGAACUCAAAGACAGAAUAGAGAUUAUUGAAAAUAAUUCUCGUGAAAUUGAAAAUCGGAUACAGAAACUUGAAGAUGAGAAGAGGGCAUAUACUGAAUUAGAGAAGUCCGAGCCUCCAGAAGCAACGAUAGACCCUUCUAAGCCCAUCCCAGGCAUGACGAUAGAAGAAUCUCUUGAUCUUGAAGCUCUUGCAAAAUAUCAGAAACAGCUAGAGGACAGAAAGCAAUCCUUGAAAGAUGCCAUGAAAACAAAAUAUGUUCCUACUCAGAUAAAGAAAGAAUUGGAUGAAAAGCUCACCCUUGCCGUGCAGGAAAGAGAUGAAGAAGAGUUAAUAAACAAUAAAUUAAUGGAUAGAUACAGGAAAAGUAGAGUUGCAGCUGACACCAUUUCGUCAUGGGCAAGGUCUGAUAAAAGUAUUUCUCUCCAUGAUGCUUUAUCACAAGCAAUAGCAAAAGAAAGCCAGUUGAAAGAUGACUUGAUUCCUGCAAAUGUAUUUGAUGACACAGAUCCCAGGAAAAUCUCAGAAGGCAAAUCUUUGCUAGAAUAUGUUGAAAGAUUUAAUGACUCAUUGUUAAGCGGUCAGUACAAGGCUGCGGCAUCCCUCGCAGCACACAGUCCGAGAGGAAUUCUUCGAAACGUGGAAACUAUGGAGAGAUUCAAAGCUGCUGAAGACACUGACGGACAUGUUUUCCCUUUGUUAUUAUUCUUCGAAGCCCUUAUGGGCACCAGUUAUUUGGCAAAGCAUCCUGUCAAUGCAACCCUCACACUGGAAGGAGUUAAGUGUGCUUUGUCCUAUGACAAAAUUGAUCUGGUUGUUCACUGGGUUACACAUCAGAGGAUAUCGUUUUCGGAGGCUCUCGGUGAUAUUAUUAAGGAGUACGGGGAUAAAGAGCCAUUCCAGAAAUCCACCUGUCUAGCCUUGGUGCAGUUAAUAUACAGGAAGUGCUCGAGUGUCAGGAAGGCAGCGCUCUGUAUGUGUCUGCAGGACCAGGUACAAGGGGCCCUGGAAUACACCUAUCAAAGCAAACGCUUCUCUUUGGAUGACUAUUUAUUUCUGCUUAAAAACUGUCCUACGGCGGAGCUGAUCCAUGGGUUGACCAGAGAAUGGAAUGGAAAGCCCGCAGUGUUAUCUGUCGGACAGGCUGCGCUUUCUCUGAUCUAUACCGACCACAAGGAGUAUGGAUUUCAGCUGUUAGAAAACAUACACACAUGUGGAGAAAGAGCUUUGGAACAAGUUAUUCUUAAUGACGUAGCCUGUACCCUGGAAGGCUGGGUCGAGAUUGCCGAAGAAUGUUUGAACAAAAACUACAGAUUGUUGUCUGAGAAGAUUCUAUCCAUUGUCACGUCACAGGAUGGCGUUGUGGAGAUUUCGUCCAAGGAUGAGGAUGUAAAAAUUAUGGAGCAUGUUUUCAUGUAAUACUUCCAGAGUGCCAGCAGAGGGCGCUUGUGCACCACUUUGAUUUAUAACAAGACCAGCUUGCUGCCUGA